AUGAAUAUUUUAAAACUUGAUAAAUUAACAGAUGAGAUGAUGAAUUUAAGUUUUAAAGAUUUCUAUAAUUUUAUUGAAAUUGCAUUAAAUAAAGAAUUAAGUGAAUUAUUUCAAGUUCAGUCAAUUCGAGAAAUGUCAUCGUUAUCAUCAGUAACUGUAAAUCAAUUAACACAUAUACUUACUUUGGAGAUUACAGAUUUAAUAGAUCUAAAAAAAUCACUUGGAUACAUGACAAGUCAUGGAGUUUUUCAUCUCCGACUUGGUCAUCAACAAUUAUUAGAGCGUCUUUUGUCAUUAGUACAAGCAAAAAAUACUUCAUCUGUAAACAAUCGUGUAGUAUCAAAUAAUUUUAUAGAAAAUGACAUAUAUGUAAAGUUAACAGAAUUAUUAAAACAUCAAGCAUCUAAUUUAUCUAAUGUACAUAAUUUCUCUAUUCUUGUUCCAUGGAUUAUAAAUAUUUUUCAAAAUAUGACAACAACAAAAAAUAGAUAUAAUUAUGAUGUACAUAUUCAGCAAUUUGCUUUAUUAAUAUUUAUUCUUGGAGGUAGAAACUGCUAUGAAUUUCUACGUCUCAACUUAUCAGGAUCAUUACCUCAUAUUUCAAGUAUAGAAUCAUUGAUAAGGAAUCAAAAUAUAAAAAUAAUGGAAGGGAAAUUUAGAUUUCAACUAUUACAAGAUUACGUAGAAUCUAAUAAAUGUAAUUAUGUAUUUGUAGCUGAAGAUGCUACUAGUUCAAUAUCUCGUAUAGACUAUGAUGCAACAUUGAAUUCAUUUAUUGGCUUUUCUGCACCUUUAGUCAAUGGAGUACCACAAUCGAAUUUUUUCCAGACGGAAAAUUUUGAGCAAUUAGAAUUAUGGUUUAAUGAUAUAGAUAAAGCUAAAUUUAUUAAUUUAUACAUGUUAAAAUCUUUAACAUUAUCAGCUCCACCAUUCAUUUUAUCAGCUUACGGAUCAAACAAUAAAGCAAAAGCAAUUGAAAUCUUAAGAAGAUGGUUAUUUAUUCAUGAUCAGUGUUUAAUUCAAGGUGUACAUGUUAUAGGUUUUAGUUCUGAUGCUGAUGCACGUUAUCUUCGAGCAAUGAGAUUAUGUUCACGCUUUUUUGCAACAUUACCAAACUUCAAUAUAUUUAAACAUAAUGAUCCAUAUCAUGUGAAAAUACCAAAACAAUGGUCUUGGUUUUUUAUGGAAGAAAAACAAAUUCUUUUUUUUAUGCAAGAUGGCAUUCACAUUGCCACCAAAUUUCGAAAUAGGUUGCUUUCUAAAACAGCAAAAAUGAAGAUUGGAUCUUAUUCAGUUGAUAUUCAAGAUGUAUUUGAUUUAAUUGAAUUAGAAAGUAAAGUUGAACACAAUUUAAUUAAAUGUGAUGUUGAUCCAAAAGAUCGUCAGAACUUCACAUCAUGCUUAAGAAUAUCUUCUGAAAAUGUUUUAAACUUAUUAAAGAAAAAUGAAAAAGCUACAGGAACAUAUGUAUACUUAUCUUUGUUACGGUUAAUUAUCAUCGGAUUUAUUGAGAGAUCAACAACAAUCCAAGAACGAUUACUUCAUGUAUGGACGGUUGUUUUUACUUGUAGGUUUUGGUUUUCAUGGAUACAGUAUUUGGAAUUAAAAGAUAAUCGUAAUAGUUCAGCAACACUAUCAGAUCUUAAAAAAAAUACUUUUAUAACCAAGCCAACUUUUUGGUGCAUCGAAAUAAAUGCUCAUUCUUUACUUUUUGUAAUUCUUCUAGUUAUUAAUAACAAAUUACCUAUUGAUGCACUUAAUACGUUUACUUUCAACUCACAGAUAUGUGAGAAUACUUUUCGAAUUGCACGUUCAUUAUCAGGUACAUUUUCGUCAAAUACAAAUUUUAGUGUAAAAUCAUUUUUAAAAAGAUGCGAAAAAAUAUCAAUAAUCAAUUCAAUUAAAAAUCGUGGUGGACAAAUAGGAGAUUAUCAGUUUUAUUUUCCACAACACCAUAAAAAUCGUAAAGAUACAAUUAAUUAUUCAAUAGGACAUGUUAAUGAAUUGAAUUUGACUGAAAAUGAUAUAGAAAUUAUUAUCAAAAAUGCAUUUGAAGCAGCUCAAAAGUAUGUUGCAAUGGUUAAUAUGACUCAAUUUUUGGAAAAAAAAAAUAUCUAUACAUUAUCAGGUUUAAAUACAUUUACAAAAACAAUUUUAAAUAAAUCAUUAUCAAAGAUUAUCGACUAUACAGUUGAUAAUAAUAGUUCCGAUGAAGAUUCUGAUGAAGAAAAUUGUUCUGAUGAAAAUGAUGUUUCGAAUGUAUUAAAUAAUGAAGAACAAUUAUCACCAAAUAAUACCGAUGAUGAAGAGGAAGGAAAUACAUUAGCAACUGAUGUUCCUGAUACAGCACAAAAAAAGUUCAAUGGUUGUCGUAUAUACGACAAAAUCAAUCCACAACAAUCAAAGAAAUAUUUUCGUAUACGUAUGGGUUCAUCAUAUAAAUUUAUACACAAACAAACGGCUUGUUGGUUACUUACAACAGAUAAACAACGAUCUUCAAGUGAUCGAUUACUACGUGUUCAGCAAUAA